AUGGAGCCGAAUGAUAUGGAGCCGAAUGAUAUGGAGCCGAAUGAUAUGGAGCCGGAUCGUCUUAGUUGGUUACCAGGUCAUGUAAUAGACAGGAUUCUUUCAUACUUGCCAAUCGAAGAUGCAGUGAGGACAAGUGUUUUAUCCAGUAUGUGGAAAAAGAAAUGGCACACACUACCAAGUAUUGUAUUUAAUACGGAUUGUGUCUCCUUUGCACCUUUCCAAAAUCAUUCAAUUUCAAAUAUCAAGUUUUUGAAAAUGGUUGAUAAUGUACUUUUACUUCAUUCCGGGCCAAUUAACAAGUUCAAGAUCCGCAACUACAAUACAAAACUCAUUUGUGCGAUUCCUGAGACUGAUAUUGAUAGAUGGAUUCUUCAUCUAAUAGAAAGGUCUAUUCAAAAGCUUGUGCUACAAAUUUCGUUAGAAGAACAAUAUAAGAUACCUUGGGGUUUAUUCUCUUGUCAAAGCUUACGUGAUUUAAGAUUAUAUGACUGUUGCCUUACACUUCCAACAAUGUUUGAGGGUCUCAAGAACUUGAAGAAGCUUGACCUGUAUGAUGUUACUAUAUCCCAAGAUGAUUUGGAAAGCUUGAUAUCUCGCUGCCCUCUACUUGAAAAUUUGAUGUUAACAGAGGUUGACAUCUCUCAAAUUAAUAUUCAUGCCCCAAAUCUUAAAUAUUUUUCCAUCUUUGAUGAAUUUGAGGAUAUUAGCUUUGACGACACUUUUCAAUUAACUGAGGUAUAUGUCGGUUUAAGUUUGUAUUUGAAUUCCGAAAGCAAUCAAAGUAGAUUGCACGGACGCUCUAGCAAUUUGCUCAAAAUUUUCAACGGCCUACCUCACAUAUGGAGCCUGGCAAUUCAUGAUUAUUUUUUAAAGUAUUUGAGUGUAGGUGUUGUGCCGACAAAGCUUCCUACUCCUUGUAUUGAACUAGAAUGUCUUUCUUUAUGCAUAAAUUUUGAUGACUUGAAGGAAAUUUCGACUGCCAUUUGCUUGCUCAGAAGCUCACCUAAUCUUCAAACAUUGUACAUUUCUGCAACGAUGGAGGAACAAAAUGUUCUAUUGACACCUGCUUUCUAUUAUUGGGAAGAUAUCUUUUCAAAGCCGGCCAUGCUCCUUAGAGUGCAACAUGUGACAAUAAACUUUAUCUCUGGUUUCAAAUCCGAAACAAAUUUGAUUAAAUUUCUACUUCUCUAUUCGCCUAGGCUAGAAAAGAUGAUUGUGAAUCCUCUUGUAAAGGUCAGACAGGAGGUGGAGUUGUUGAGAGAACUACUUCAAUUCAAGAGAGCAUCGGCAAAAGCUCAAGUUAUUUACAUGGAUGAAGACUCCUUAUAA